AUGAGGGCUCCCAGUGUUCGCUGCGUGGGCUCGGCCAGAGGCGAGGUGUGUAACGCUGCUGUCGCUUUCGCCAGGUUGGCUUUCCUUACCAGCCCCUCAGCUCUGGUGCAGAUUCCCUCCGGAUCCGGCCUCCCAUCCUCUGGCUCGACCGAUUCGUCCUCUGACUCCUCCUCUUAUCCCCCCAUAUAUUCUGACCCUUCCUCCUGCACAUGUUCAUUCAUUGGUUCCUCCCCUACUUCUUCUGGCCUCCCCGUCUGCGGCGGGGUCGCGCAGCAGGGCGCUCUGCUGUUCCCAGCCCGCCUGAGGCCCCGACAGCUGGCGCCAGUCCUGCUCCGAGCCGCCGCUGCCCUGGUCGCGCGCGAGGGGGCCGGAGCCCCCUCUCGUCCACGUGAGCCGGUAUAUCGUUCGCCCCACAGGCGCACCCACCCUCAUCUGCGGGCCCGUGGUGGUUCCUUCCGUCGUCGCCGACCGCCUCGGCCCCCGCUUGGCCUGCAGCGGCAGAUCUUUGGUCCGCAUCCCUCGGCGCCCCCUCCGCUGGUUCUGCAACAAUCUCCACCUCCGCCUCCUCUGUCAUUGUCACAGCAGUCGUCCCAGCAGCAGUCGUCUGGUCCAACUGCCUCGUCCCCCGUGGUGGCCUCCCCUGCGUUAACGUCGGCGCCGCAGCUGUCGUCUGGCGUCGCUGCGCCUCCUCCACCGCUGUCGCCGCUAUCGCCAGCUCCCCCUGCGGUGUCGGCCCCGCUCCCUGCUCCGCCGCCCCCCUCCUCCCCUCCUCUAGCGCCUCCCCCGUUGUCGUCGUCGGCAGGGGCACCCCUCGUGAGCCACCCUUCGUCGCCGCUUCACUCCGCCUCUCCUCCUCCUGUCGAGCCUCCGCAGUGGCAGCAUCCCCUGGUUCUGUCUGGGCCUGUUCCUGAAGCUCGAUUUCCUCCUCCUCGCGCCCGGUCUCCUGAGCUUCCCCCCGAUGCUCCUGACCCCGAGGACGACGAGCGGUGGUGGAAUGGGGAGCUGUGGGAGUCCCCCCCUCAGCCUGCGACUCUGUGGGGCCGCGAGUGGGACAUCCAGUCCGAUGUUGUGAAGGACAUCCUCCGCUGGGAGAAGCGGAUGGUGGCGGUUGGGGAGUGCAUGUCGCAUGUGGCGACCGUUCUCGAGCAGUUGCACGCCGGCUUGGUGGCGCGGAACCUCGUUCUCCGUGAUCCUCAGUUGACGGAGCCCCAGCAGGGUGUUGUCCGGGAGGCGGCGGCGCAGGGUCUCUGGCGCCUCCUCCGUUUGCCCCUGGAGCCCGAGUUCCCCGAGCAGGACGAGGGCCCUGGCGCGCGGGCUUUCCUGCGGGUAGCCAAGGCUGCGGAGGAGUCUCCCCUCGAGCUCGUGCCUGCGCUCGCUGUUCUCUUGCGCUGGAUGCGCCGGCGGUUUUACGUGCUGAACCGCGUGUAG